GAGCUGGAGCAGGCAGCGCCAACCGGUUCCCUGUGGUGGCAGCUUGUUCCACUGCCAGCACCUGACCCAGGCGGGGCCUUUGCCUUGGGAAGGUCAGGUGGGGCGGCAGAAGGAGCUGGCCAGGAAGGCAUGUAGGCUGGGGAAGGAAUUCCAGCCGGUGGCUCGAAGGCUUUCAUCUCCUGGAGCCAUGAAGCACCGGGCCUUUUGGACUGCACUGGAAUACACCUGCCGACUGCUGGGCAUCUCCACUGCAGCAGUGCUGGUUGGAGUGGGAGCGGAGACUCUGCAGCGCGGGCAGUUCCAGAGCCUGGCUGUCUACCUGCUUUUCUCAGGGGCAGCAGUUUCCAUCUGCGAAGUCUCCUUCUUCGUCAGCCUGCUCCUGGGCAUGUGUAUCAGCUACCAGCCGGGCUCCCUGGCACACACCUUCUGGAAGCGAACCACACAGCCAGCAAGCUUCCAGAAAUUCCUGGGCUAUGUGCUGCUCUCAGUAGCCUGCUUCCUGCAUCCCGUCCUGGUCUGGCACGUCACCAUCCCUGGCUCUAUGCUGGUGCUGACUGGCUUGGCCUACUUCCUGCUGAGCAAGCGGAAGAAGAGCCCGGUGCACCGGGAGGCGCAGGGGCCACUGGAGCAGUAUGUGGACCCCUGUGCCAUGGCUGCAACCUCCACGGGCUGUGGUGACACCGAGCAGACCUACACCUUCCCCAGGGGGCGCCGAGAGCAGCACACCUCCCUGCUCGGCCAAAUGAAGAGCAUACUGAAGGGCAGUGAGGACAAGGGUGCUGGCUGGCUCGCUGAGCCUUCCCCAACCCCGCCCACCCCUGCUCCGCCCACCCCAGCCCAGGGCAAGCAGGUGCACUUCCAGGAGAAGCUGGUGAGGAUCAUCCCCUCUGUCAGCGAGAGCGCGGAUGAGGCGGAGAGUGAGGCUGAGGAGACCACGUCCGACACAGCCCCAAUCCUCGGGCCCACAGAGACCCCGCUCCUCAUCACGCCCCUCAGUGCCACAGGUCUGUUCUGAGCGCUCACCCACCUCGCCCGCAGCCUGGGGCGAGUGGCAGCAGCCUGGAGCUCCCCACCUGCUGGCCCGGGGCCUGGCCUUAGGGCUUGGACAUGCUCCCCCUGUGGCCCAGGUGCCAUGGGCAGAGCUGACCCAUCUGGAGCAGGGCAGCCCCCACCAGGUGUGGUCCUGAUGCCCAGGAGCCCAGCCAACCCCCCACAACUAACACUUGCUGCUGCAGGCUGGAAGGUGGGACUGGCGGGUGCUAUGCCAGCUUCCGGGGCUGGCUGCAGCACUGGCAUUCAGGGAGCUGUCCUGGCUAUUCACUUGCUGGGGCUGGACCAACCUCUGGGCAAAGCCCUUCGGUUCCCAUCUUUAUCUGGUGGAACGGUUCCUGGGACUUUAUCAAUGUGUGUUCCAAACUGCAAACAGGGCAAACAAAUCCACUAGUUUUCUGGGUAAAUAUCAGGGUUAAUCCUGCGGUGGGAGUGGGGGAUGGAGAAAGAGCACCAAAUCAAGCCCAGUCAGAGUGGUGAAGUGACAGCCCUUCCAUGCCGUGGUUUAUGUCAUGAGCUGUAUAUCAGCUGUGUCUGUCGGUCUGUCUUUCGCUCCGUUGCCUUCCUUUAACAGACAACCUCACAUUCACACUGCACUUAACUUACUAUUAACAGAGAGGCGUCUGCUAGUGGGAAGGGUUGGAUUUUCUUAACCUAAUCACUAUUUUCAUGUACUUGAGCGGUCCCAAAUUCAGAUGAAAAUCACUUAAAACCAAAUAGCUUUGGUGAAACCCUGGGCACCCACCCACACACACACACUCACACACACACACACACACACACACUCGCCAUGGGAUCCUGACAGGCUCUGGCCAUGUGUCAGUACCCCCUGGGCACUGGUCCCACCCCCGUGGGAUCCAUGCAGGCUCUGCCCCAGUGGACUGAACCAGGCUGUGCUCAGCGUAUUUCCAGGACAGCGAAGCCUUCGCUCUCGGACAUUUUCCAGCCACUCCAUGGGCAUCUGCUCAGUGCUAGGAAAUCAGUACCAGCAGAGUCUCAGCAUCCGUCCUGGCCCCCCACCCUGCUGCUGUGUGGUUAGCCCUGGGCCGUGCUCCCCAGCCAGCUGGAUCUAACUCCCAGCCCCUUGGGCCUUUGGCUGUCUCACAGCAGCAUCGCUGAUAAGCCACAGGGAAUGGAGCCAGCCUAGGGCCAUCAGAUGCCAUCUCCCACUGCUCCCCCAGGAGCGGUUGUGGGGUCACGCGGGAACAAGGGACACAGCACUCCCACCUGCCUGCUGUUUGCAGGAGAGGGCUGGUUGCCUGAGUCCCUGCAGCCAUCCUCCCUCCUCCCGUGUCCUAGAGCAUGGCCCUGGGACAGAAUGGGUUGGGUCCAUCUUCCAGCGCCAAGGUCUGCCCUGCCCUGCACCACCCAGGGGAGCAGCACCUCCAGGGAUAGGAACUGGGGACUGACGACCAGGGUCCAGCCUGGGUUUGGUCACAAAGAUCCCCUUGGGACUGUCGCCUGAUGUGCUGAAAUUACCUCUGAGCCCAUUUUCACUGCCAGCUUGGGACUCUAGAACCCUGCCUUGUUGAGCCAGACAUGCAAGCCUGCUGCAACACAG